AUGUCAACUACUCCAACUAGACCUUUUAUUCGGGCUUUGCUUGUUGAUGUAUCAGGAAAUCUACACGUCGGCUCGAACCCGACACCUCGUGCUGUGGAGGCCUUUGAUCUACUUCGCUCAUCAAAUGUUCCCUUCCGAUUGUGCAGCAAUACUAGCAAAGAAUCCACCGCUAGUCUCAUAUCUCGACUGAAACAUAUGGGAUUUGAGAUAGCUCCAGAUGAAGAGGGUAAACGAAAGGAAGUGUGGACAAGUAUCGGCGCCGUGAAGCAGUUUAUCAAGAACAUGGGCCUACAGCGCCCUUACCUGCUAUUAUCGGAUUCAGCUCGCGAAGAGGUGUCACCAGGCAGCGAUAUCACAGAUCGCAUUGAAUCGGAAUAUGAUUCUGUGGUGAUCGGACUCGCCCCAUCAGUGUUUGACUACAGCCACCUCAAUGCAGCAUUUCGAAUUCUGGUGGGUGAGACGCAACGCGCAAUGUCACCCUCUUCCCUGAAGUCUGGCUUCGACCUUCCUCUCAUAGCAACUCACAAGGCGAAAUAUAUCCAAACUCAAUUCCCACCGGGUCUAUCUCUAGGUCCGGGACCCUUCGUAACAGCCCUUGAGAAUGCUUCGGGCCGUAAAGCGUUUGUAGUGGGAAAGCCAACGAAGGCCUUCUUUGAGGCUGUGAUCAGUAAUUUUCUGCCUUCAGAGUUGCCUGAAGACCGUAGUGGGAAGAUUGCCAUCAUCGGGGAUGACGUCGAGGCUGACCUAGGUGAGGGUGCAAUAGAACUGGGUUUAUGGAGGAUUCUUGUGAAAACGGGAAAAUAUCGCCCUGGGGAUGAGGAGAAGCCCGGCGUUGUCCCCCCCGACGAGGUCUUUGAAUCCUUUGCGGCUUUCAUUGAUAGCUUAUUAUUACAUCCGAAUGACAAUUGCACAGCAAAUUGA